AUGGGGAACAGUCCUUCUACUCAGGAUCCAUCGCAUUCAACCAAAAAGGAACAUGGAUAUCAUUUUCAUGAAACAUUUAAUAAAGAUCGUCAGGGGAGCAUAACCUCUCAAUUGUUUAACAAUAGAAAAAGUAUUCAUAAAAGACACGUUAGUCAUACUAGCGGUCAUAAUGGCACCAUUCCUUCUAGAAUGCAGCUACUUGCAUCUCACGAUUCAGUAACAGAUUGUGAUGAUAGCGUUAACGAUGAUACUACUAUUGAUAAGGAACCUUCCCUUUUGUUUAAGAAGGAUUAUUCUUUGAACAAUACCGCGGAUGGAAACGAUACCACGCUGGCUAAUUUAUCUUUAAUUGAUGAUCACGAUGUGGGUGCGCCUGAAGAACAGGUGAAAUCACCAUCAUUCUUGAGUCCAGGUCCAUCAAUGGCCACUGUUAAACAAACCAAGAGUGACCUAGAAAAUUUAUCUACUUCAAAUUAUACCACGGUUGACGAAGCAACAGAAGACGGACGAACCAACCACCCACGCCAUGAGAGACAUCGCUCAAGUAUUAUUGCACUGAAGAAAACUCUUUUAGAAAAUUCAGCUACUGCUUCCCCUUCCCCAACAAGGUCUUCAUCGGUGCACUCAGCUUCAAUGCCUCCUUUGACCAAAAUGGAUUCCAUUGAUACUCCUUUAAAGCCGGCUUACUCAAAGAAACCAUCUAUCCAUGCAUAUCAAUAUCAGUAUCUUAGCCCUGACCCAACAUUUUCUGGGAACUCACAGGCAGGUAAAGAGAAGAAUAGUGAUAACAUAGAUGCAGAGGCGGGUGUACUACAGAGCGAGGAUAUGGUUUUAAACCAAUCUCUUUUACAAAAUGCUUUAAAAAAGGAUAUGCAACGUCUUUCAAGAGCAAAUUCCUCUAAUUCAACAUGUACUAUCGAAAAUUCAAAUAAUAAUAAUAACUAUAGUAGUAGUGAAAAUAACAUUCGUAACAAGGAAGACUCAGGAAGCUUUAAUGAUAAUUCUAACGUACCUAUAUCUGCUACAGCUAAAAUGAUGAUGAAGUUAUACGGUGAUAAAACUCUAAUGGAAAGAGAUUUAAACAAGCACCAGACUAAGACGAAGAAAGUGCAAAAUAAAAAACUCAAGUCGGUUUCAAACUCCAGAAGAUCAUCAUUUGCUUCUUUGCAUUCUUUACAAUCGAAAAAGAGUAUCUUAACAAACAGUUUAAAUUUACAACCUUUGCACCCAUUACAUCCAAUUAUUAACGACAAUGAAAGUCAAUAUUCUGCACCGCAGCAUAGAGAAAUGUCGCAUCCUUCAAAUUCAAUGUCAAGUAUGUCUUCAAUAUCUUCAACAAACUCCGCAGAAAGCACUCUAGUGAUUUUAAAAUGGAAGAAUUACAGCAACAUGGCCGUAACCACAGAAGUCUCUAUAGUAAGUAAUGAUAUUGCUUCUGCUCUUAAAGAACAGAGAGAAGUUGAUGCGGAUGAGAGCGCAAGCUUGGACUCGGAAAAGCAAUUAAAUCCAAGGAUCCGUAUGGUUUAUGAUAAUGUGCAUAAGGAAUGGUUUUUUCCGGAUCUAUUCUUGCCUCCUGGAAUUUAUAGACUACAAUUCUCCAUCAAUGGCUUAUUGACUCACUCAAACUAUCUUCCUACAGCUACUGAUUCAGAAGGCAAUUUUGUCAACUGGUUUGAAGUAUUGCCCGGUUACCACACGAUCGAGCCGUUUAGAAAUGAAGCAGAUUUGGGAUCACAAGUGGAGCCAGUACUAGAGGAAGAAUCACCCAUAAGGCCAGAACUCAAGAGAUUUUCUUCUUCCUCUCGAAAAUCCUCAUACUAUUCCGCCAAGGGUGUUGAAAGGCCCAGUACACCGUUUUCGGAUUAUAGAGGCUUAAGUAGGUCAAGUUCAGUAAAUAUGCGUGACUCAUUUGUACGUUUGAAAGCAAGUAGUUUGGAUUUAAUGGCCGAGAUCAAACCUGAAAAAUUAGAAUAUUCGAAUGAAAUUCCAAAUUUAUUUAAUAUAGCCGAUGGCGGUACGACUUCCGUAAUAAGAGAAUCCAGGGAUUCGUCACCGCAAGAACAACCCAGCUUUACGUAUAAAGUUGUUGACUGUAACCAAGAUGACUUAUUUGCUACUUUACAGCAAGGCGGUAACAUUGAUGCAGAAACAGCAGAGACGGUAUUUUUAAGUAGAUACCCAAUCCCUGAUCUACCAAUAUACCUGAAUUCAUCUUAUUUGAACAAAAUCCUAAACCAAAGCAACCCAAAUUCAGAACCGCAUGAUAGGGAUGAAGGUGCAAUAAACCACAUUAUUCCUCACGUGAAUUUGAAUCAUCUAUUGACAAGCAGUAUCAGAGAUGAGAUAAUUAGCGUAGCUUGUACUACAAGGUAUGAGGGAAAAUUUAUCACUCAAGUAAUAUAUGCGCCCUGUUACUACAAAACCCAAAAGGCCCGGGGCAAUAAUGAAAAUUAA